GCACGCACGUACAACGUCCGUCCACUUUACUGCCACUCGUCGCAUAAACAUAAAGUUAGACUUAGUAUUUACGCAUUUUUAGACUCACCUCAUACGUUAUCGUCUAUAAAAAAACCGAAUGCGUGCAUGCCCAUUCAGACGUGUCGUUUAAUACCACCGCUGUCGAAUCGGCUUUUCCCUAUAUCUUCUUGUACUGGUCCUGUCGCAUAACAGUACUUAGACGUAACUAUUCCUGCCGCUCUCGCGUUACCUCUGCACGUGUUUCGCGCGCGAUCGUUUCAACGAUGGACGACGUCGCGAACGAUCGGUCUGCCACCAUCGCGGCUAACUGGUUGUUGGACCCGGUGUUCGGUUGGACAGUGGUGGCCGCGGUAGUCGUCUUCGUGCUCUUGUACCGUUUCUCCACGUCCGGCCACGACCGUUGGCGAAUCGCGAACGUGCCGCACGAUCGGCCGAUGCCGCUGUUCGGCAACGCGUUCCGCAUAUUAACGGGGAUCGAAUCCCCACAAGAAUUCUUCGACCGCGCGUACAAGCGGUUCGCCGGCGAAAAGGUGUGCGGCAUGUACCAAAUGACUACGCCGCUCCUAUUAGCCCGCGACCCUGAACUGAUCAGUCGCAUCACCGUCCGUGACUUCGGACACUUCAACAGUCGCGGGAUGAACACUAGCCCGGAGAACAACGUGCUGGCUGGUAGCCUGUUUUUCCUGAAAGGCGACCGAUGGAAGACAAUGCGCCAGAAGCUCAGCCCGGGGUUCACAACGAACCGGCUAAAGGACGCGCAAGACCGGAUCGUCGAGUGCGUGGACCGGUUGACCAUGACCAUCGACCAGCAGAUGUCUGUGUCUGACGGCGAAGGGAUAGAGUUCAAGAAGUUGACCGCCAAUUUCUCUACUAACGUCAUAGCCACGUGCGCGUUUGGCCUUAAGCUGGACCAGACCUCGGAGUUCAUAAAAUACGGUAACAAGAUGUUUCAGUCACGCAUCCGGCAAAUAGUCGUUCAAAUGCUGAUCAUGUUGUGCCCGAGACUGGUGCAGUUCUUUGGGCUGAAACAGUUUCCGGAGGACUCGAUCAACUUCUACCGUGCGGUUUUUACCGACCUUAUCAGGUACAGACACGAGAAUAAUGUGGUCGGAAACGACGUGGCGCAGACUCUUAUGCAAGCAAGGAAAGAAUUGGUGCUUGACGGUGGUGACUUAACCGACAAAGCCAAGUUCACAGAAUUGGACAUUGUCUCAAACGCAAUCCUACUGUUUGUGGCCGGCUCCGAAAUCGUGUCAAUCACAAUAAGUUUUAUGCUGUAUGAAUUAGCACUGAAUAAGGACGUUCAGAAUAAAGUACGUGAGGAAAUUAUCACAGUUAUUAAGAAAAAUGGUGGACAGUUAAGCUACAACUGUAUUGCUGAUCUUCAUUACCUGAAUAAGGUUUCGGAAGAGGUUUCCCGUUUGUACUCGAUCACGUUAAUGUUGUUCAGAGAAGCGACGGAAGAUUAUAAAGUACCCGAUAUGUCAUUGGUUAUCAGAAAAGGAGAAAAGAUUGUUAUACCGACAUACAGCAUUCACCACGACCCGAAAUAUUAUCCCGAUCCUUUCAAAUUCGAUCCAGAGAGAUUCUCCGAGGAAGAAAAAUCUAAACGACCAAACGGCACUUACCUGCCGUUUGGCAACGGGCCUCGGUUGUGCCUAGGAAAACGAUUAGCCGAGUUGGAAUUGAAACUGGCCGUAUCAAUAAUCCUACAAAAAUACGAAGUUAUGCCUUGCAAAAAAACCGAAAUCCCUAUACAAGUAAAAGCUCCGACUGGAUUUCUUUCUCCAAAAAAUGAUCUUUGGUUGUGUUUCAAACCAAUCGCAGUUCACAACGACAAUUAACGAGUUGACCAGACGAUACAUUUUAUUAUUAUAUAAUAUUAUUAUA